AUUAGAAUUGUUAUAUGUAUACUGGUAUAUUAUUACAUUUAAUACCGCUAUAUGUUAUUAAAAAUGUAAAUUGUAUAUUUUUGAGUAUCUUAAUAUUUUCCUCAUAUACAAAUUUUCAAAAUGUUUUUAUUAUUCUAUGCAUACAUAUUUGCAUAUUACAUAUAAAAAAUAGAUAAUAGAAUUCAAAUUUUUAAACGAAUGGUAUAUAUUCAUUUGAACCCGAGCGCUCUUGCAACCGUUCAAAGAAUUUGAAAGUGAAAAGGAAUACUGAAAACGGUAGCAGCGAGCUGUUACGAGCAAGAACACAAAGCAAGCCACCCGAGCACGAGUGGCACGGUCGGUUCGUCUUUCCUCGUCGUCCCCUCGCCAGCAAUAGACCAGUUUGGGUUACAAAAGAGUCUGCGUGUAAACUGCCACUUUACUGUCCAAAAUAAUUUGUAGAAUUGAAAAAUGAAGUACCAAAAUUUUAGAUUACUGGCAACCAGGAUAUUAGGAGUAUUAUUCUGCCAAUCAUUUGUAAUAUUCUGUAUCUUUUGGUAAUAUUGACAGCGAUAAUCGCGACUAUAUCUGUUGCCAGCCGAGUUUAUAUGUUAGCAGUGGCAGUCUCAAUUGCUAAUGUUGACUUCAAAAUCCUUAGUCACACGGUCAAUAUUUAUGGUGAUAUAUGAAUCGUAAUGCAUAUUGAAGCUUAAUGAACAGGGAGUGAAUGUUACACGUUCGAUAUAAAUAAUGUCAGUAUUAAUUCGAAAUAAAUCGAGUUUUUGAAACAAAUAUAUUAAACAAUAGUUUUGCCUUAUUAUUUGUUUAAUUUUUUGUUCGGUGUUUAUUUAUAACAUGGGCUGAACAAGAGUUGUUAUGGUUUCAAACCAAAAAAAAAUCAAUGGAAACAUGGAAUCAAAAAAAUUCCAGCUACUAUUGUAAGGAAUUCACCGGAUCUUUGAAAAGAGUAGAAUUUAUAUAUACGUGUAAACAAAUAAUACAAUUAAACAAAAUUCGGAUUUUUUAAAUUAUUUUCAAUAUUUUGUUUUGUCGUAUCGUGAAUUUACAUACAAAAUGUCUUAGAUGAUGUGUUUAAUUUGAACGUUUAAUGUGCGAUCCGCGAACCGGAUUUCAACAUAUUUAUAUAAAUAUUGUGAUGUGGAUCGUAAUAAAUAAAUAAUGCCUGCUACACUUUCAAUAUAUAUCGGGAUACUGGAUCGCGUUGAAUUUAUAUUGAACGUGUAGCAGACUCGUUUAAUUGUGAGAAGAGUAUUCUAUAAUGAAACUAUUUUUAUUGUUUUUAUUCGAAUUAAUAUCGAACGGGGCUGCAUACAAGCCGGUGGUUUUGCUUCAUGGUAUCUUAUCAGGACCUGAAAAAAUGAUUGCACUAGUUGAAGAAAUUGAAAAGGCCCACCCUAAAACCAAGAUCUACAACUUUGAUAAAUAUGAUGGAUGGUCUAGUUUGGAAAAUACUUGGCGGCAAGUUAUAGAGUUUCGCAACUUUUUGGAGGUAAUUGGAACGAAACAUCCCGAUGGUAUCAACGUAGUAGGAUACUCUCAAGGGGGACUUAUAGCUCGGGCUGCUAUUCAAACUCUUCCUUUUCAUAAAAUUUAUACUUUCAUUUCACUUUCAGCACCACAGGCUGGCCAAUUUGGAGCGAAUUUUCUGCACCUUGUGUUUCCGGAUUUGGCAGCAAAUACCGCUUAUGAGCUUUUUUAUUCCAAAAUUGGACAGCACAUAUCAAUAGCGAAUUACUGGAAUGAUCCGUUAGAGCAAGAUUUAUACCAUAAAUUUAGCAAAUUUUUGCCAUUAAUAAAUAAUGAAAUUCAAACAUAUAAUUCUAGCCAGUUCAAAAACACUUUACUUCGUUUAAAUAAAAUGAUUUUAAUAGGAGGUCCAAAUGAUGGCGUAAUUACCCCUUGGGAAUCUAGUCACUUCGGAUAUUUUAAUACAACAUUGAAUGUAAUACCUCUACACAAGCGACCAAUAUACAUUGAAGAUGCAAUUGGCUUGAAAUCUCUCGAAAAUAAUGGCAAAUUAAUAGUAGUCAUCAAGCCAUUUGUCCAUCAUCUUACAUGGCAUACGAAUCGACGAGUAAUACAAGAAGUAAUUAUUCCAUAUUUGGAUUAAAUAUUUUAAUUUUACAUUACAACCCUAAUUUUGUACAUAAAAUCUGUUUACGAAAUGCAUGGAUAUUUAUUAGUCAGCAGA